ACCACGUGGCUGCAGAUGGCUCAGGACUGUUCAGGUCUGAGAACAUGUGCCGAGUGUCUGGACAGGGCAGAGUGUGGCUGGUGUGGGGACCCCAGUGACACAGGUAGGGGCGUCUGCAUGGAGGGCUCCUACAGAGGCCCUCUGAGGCCUGUGAAGCCCAGGGCCGGGCCCCGAGACCAGGACCGGCUGCGAGACAAGGACAUGGUUCUGGAUCAGAGUCUGUGUACAGCUGAUAAAGGCUACAACUGGGCCUUCAUCCAAUGUCCAGCGUGUCAGUGUAAUGGCCACAGCAGGUGUGUGAACGGCAGCGUGUGCGAGCGCUGCGGGAACCUGACGGCAGGGAUGCACUGCCAGAGCUGCGUGCCCGGUUACUAUGGCGAUCCCACCAAUGGAGGCAAAUGUAAUGUGUGCAAGUGUAACAGCCACGCCAACGUGUGCCACAUACACACAGGGAAGUGCUUCUGUUCCACCAAGGGGAUCAAGGGAGACCAGUGUCAGCUAUGUGACUCAGAGAAUCGUUACCUUGGCAACCCUCUCCGAGGAACAUGUUAUUACAAUCUGUUGAUCGAUUACCAGUUCACCUUCAGUCUGCUCCAGGAGGAUGACCGCUACUACACCGCCAUCAACUUCAUGGCUACGCCUGAACAGGCGAACAAGAACCUGGACAUGUCGAUCAACGCAUCCAAUAAUUUCAACCUCAACAUCACUUGGUCCAUAAGUUCCACAGCUGGAACCAUCUCAGGUGAGGAGAUGUCCAUCAUAGCGAGGACCAACAUCAAGGAGCACAGAGACAGUUUCUCCUGUGAAAAGUUUAAUUUCAGACUCCACCACAACAUCACCUUCUACGUCUACGUGUCCAACUUCAGCUGGCCGAUCAAGAUCCAGAUUGCUUUCUCCCAGCACAACAGCAUCAUGGACCUGGUUCAGUUCUUUGUCACCUUCUUCAGCUGUUUCCUGUCUCUGUUACUGGUUGCGGCGGUGGUUUGGAAAAUCAAGCAGACCUGCUGGGCCUCGCGACGCAGAGAGCAGCUGAUGAGGGAGCGGCAGCAGAUGGCCAGUCGUCCCUUCGCCUCGGUCGCUGUUGCUCUCGACGUGGGCUGUGACCAAGAGGAGCUGCUACAGUCGGUGCCGAAGCCCAUCGCCAUGGAGCCGUGCUGGGGCGGCAGAGCCGGCGUCCUCACCCUGCUGCUGUUCCUGCCCCGGGUCCCGUCUGGAAUCCCUCCACCGGGACAGUCGGGCGUUGCUAUUGCCAGCGCGCUCGUAGACACGUCUCAGCAGCGAGUGAUGGACGUGAGGGACCGAGGCCUGGGCCUCAAGCACCGCAAGCCCACCGUGCACCAUCAGGGGACGUGUGUGUGACGCAGGGAAGCAGCUGCGGUCCAGUCCGGUCCACCAGGUUCUGGAGCCCCAGCAUAAGACACGGAGCUAAAAUCUAAGCUGCAGACAUUCAGACUCAGGAGACCCAGGGGGGGUGCAUGGGCCUGCAGAACCAGAAUCAGAACAGCAUGGACCCACAAAACCAGACCAUGGACCUGCAGAACUAGAACAAGAACCUGCAGAACCAGAGCCUGAUCUGUGUGGAAGCAGGAGGAGGCGUGAACACUGUUGUAGAAGCGAGUCCUGCCAUGAGAAUGUGAUGAUGUCACUGGUGAGCGCUGCCUCUUCUCUUUCUGGACUGGUUCUGGUUCUGGACUGGAAGCGUCCAUUAUGCACUAAACGUCCAAGGCUUUACCGCGCCACAGCGUCUUAUGCAACCCGUCCAAGUGGAAAGGUCCCGAUCUUCUCAUGCAUCCGUCACGUUGGACUUCAUGCCUGUCUGACCUUAACAUAUCUCUUUAUAGAAUAUUUAUUAAUUAUGCAAAUGAAUCAAAUGCACGACUUUUCUAGCAGGUCAGUGCGGCGUCUUUUCCUUUGUUUGGACUAAAUGUAUAUUUUAUGUAUUAGAGCGAGUUUGUGUCAUAGUUUGUACCAAUGUUUUCUCUGCUGCACCUGCACAACGAUGCACAUGUGUGAUGAUCUAUUUACUGUAACCAACUGACCCCGACUGUUUGAAUUCAGGUCUUUUGUCUGGUUUUGGUCUCAUUUUGCACCAGAUUGUAGUUGUAUUAACAAAGGGCAGCUCAACCUGUGCAUUUACAAUUAAAGCCUUUUGAUACGUG